UUAUGAACAAGUACAAACCUUCACUCUUCUUCACUAUAAAUUCAACCAACAUUCCUCUCAUUGAUUCUCCACACACAGUUCCAAAUAAACAUACAGUUUCACAUAAAACACAGUCGUUACACAUGGCACCAUCUCAUGAGAAUGCAAAACUUGUAUUCGGCCGUAUGAUCAAUCUGGGGAGAGCCGUUGAAGCCUCCAUUAGAGUCAUAGUUUUUUGGAUGUGGCUAGAGACGCAAGGUUUUGGAAAAAUCAUUCAGACGCUAAUUUCUUACGAUGAUAAUUUCUUGACUGCUUUUUCUGAUGAGGCUGACGCUAUUUUAUCAUAUAUAAACUCUAUUUCACCACAGGUAAAACCCAUUCCUUCAAAUCUCAUGCGCUUAACGGUACUAUCAUCAAAGCGUUUCUUAACUCCUCAAUUCCUUUUCGCCGAUAAAGAAAAAGUUUUGAAUGGAGUUGCGAAUGUUCUUAGUGAAUACCGUGCUCUUUUUGAGGAUACACUUAAAGAAAUGAGCGUUGAAGUUGAUAAAUUAGAGAAUCUUUGUUAUAAUCGUUCGGCGGAAACGGAAAUAGAAACGGAAAAAAAUGGUGUCGAAUUUUCAGGCAUUGAAUCAAAAUUAAACCCUUUUGCCAAAGAGUGGAGUCCUGAAACUGAUAGAAUUAGUGAAGAUGAUAGAUGUUUGUUCUUGACAUUCUCUAACGGCUAUCCUCUUACUGAGAUGCAACUCGUCAAAUUUUUUAACGAGACAUUUGGAGAAUGCGUGGAGAAAGUAUACGUGCACUGGCCAAAUCCAAGAAAUCGUAGAAAGGUGCCGCCACUGUUCGGAAAGGUGGUGUUUAAGUCGUAUUAUAUAACUACCGUUAUUUUAAACGGCAGAAAAGAGGCCAAGUUCUGGGCGGAGCGUAAGCCUCUCUGGUGCAAGAGGUUUGAUCCAACCAAAAAGAUUGUCAACCAUGACUAA